AUGAGGAACGUAGAUUCUCAUCUUCUGGAAGAUAAAAUGGAUGAGGCAGUCACCCAUUACAUAAAUUCCCAUCAGUCUACAGAGCCCGUGCAUGUGGAUGCGAAUUCUUUGGCACUCAACGUACAAGACGACAACGGUGGGAGAGUAGUCACAGUGAUGCAUCCACUUAGCUUUUCAGCAACACAAAUGUGCAGGCAGGUGUCGGUGAAUGAACAAGUUGGAGAAGGGCAGUGGAAUGAAGAACUGCUGGAUCCUGAGGGAAGGUUGGCAGCAUUAGUAGCGCAUUUGGCUCAGCAUUCUCGACCUUCACAUCAUCUGCCUACUCACCAUAAGGUACCUGCAGUCAGGAACGAUGUGGAUGCGUCAGUUAUAUUAGACACACCAAUGAAACUUUACAAUGGACAACAUCUGGACCACCAAUCAGAACCAAUUGUGGUACAAUUGCCAUCACACUUUGCACCGCUGCCACCGUUGCAAGAUAUGAAAAGGUGUCAAGAGACAGACUGGUUCAAUAAUAAAACCAAAACAACAUUAAAGGAUAAUAGUCCGAUGCUAGCAGAGACUGACAGUCCAGUGCUGGAUAUUGGUGCAAGUGCUUCUCCUGUUCAAAACAAGCAGAGCAAGAAGAGUCUGCCGCAUAAAAAGAGGAUCUCGCGGAAACUGAAGAGGAAUGCUGGAAACAGUACUCCGCAGCAAGAUAUAGUGGUGAUUCACUGCAACUCCGAGGUGCCGCAGGAGGAAAUCCUUCCAGAUAACUUUGUGAAUGGCGUGCCCCACUCAGAACAUAUACCUGGGGAUGAGCACCACAUCACACAAGAGAUGCGGCCGAUAUUUAUUUGCCAAUUGUGCGGAGAGUUCUACGGCGAUGAGCAGUUGAAAUUUUACCAGCAUCUUAAACAGCACUAUGAACCACACGGGACCAUUAUCAUAGAGAACUCUGUGCCUGAUUUGGGGAUUGACAAGAUGACAAAUACGUGCAUUGUGGACAACGUGCCAUCUCUUCCGGACUCCCUAGUCGAGUUAUCCUUAGAGAAUACUGUGCCAAAGUCUAUGUACCAACCGAUGGACAAACACAUAAUGUACACGUCAAGCGAUAAAACGCUUACGUGCCCUAGUAGUAAAGUUCAAUAUACAAUGGCAAGCGAGAAGGAGCUACCUCAGGAUAAUGUGAAGGCAGAUCUGUACGAGACCCUCGCCAAGUUGGAACUGUACAGCUGCACGAGGUGUGACAAAACGUUCAGGAAACAGAAGCAGUGUGAGGCGCAUAUAAAGGAAGAACAUUCGAAUGCUAAGCUGGAAGACAUGGGAGAGUUCAGCGAGCCCGAGGAUCUGAUGGAAGGCAUCCAUGUAGCAGUGGAGGAUGGUGAACAGUACGAGCCCACCAUCCUACCUCAUCUGAUUGUGGAGAACGGACAUGUACAUCAGGAGCAUGUCAGGAAUUGCAAACUAAAACACUCGCCGCCGACCGCGCGGCGCCGCGAUAACGUUUCUCUUUCACACGUUAGACAAAUAUGCAAGAGUAAAAGAGAAACAAAUAGUCACGCGUACGAGAACAUUUAUACAACAACGAAAGGUUUCAGUAGGCUUAACAAAAAUGCAAAACCCAUUUUACAUCUGAAUAAAAAACAACUUAGAAGUUACGAUAGUUCAGAUCAAGACAACACUCACGUAAACUUAGAUCACGACAACAAUCAGCAAACAAUUAAACAAAAUGAAGAUAGCAUUGAAUUGUCUUUUGAUAUUGAUAAUGAAUUUGGGAACGAUGAAGAAAUAUGCCAACAAACUAACGUUGUAUGCUUGCAGGAGGAAAAUUCAAGAAAAAUCGAACAGAGCCCUUCUACGUCUAUAAGUAUUGGGUCUAUUUUAGACACUCCCAGAAAAACUGUUAUAAAGAGAAAGCUGAAUUUAUGCGAAAAAAUGAUUUUAAACAAAAACAGACAGAUCAAUAGACUACAAAAACAAAAUAAAAGACUUAUUAAAAAGAACACAACUUUAAAAAAUGCCUUGAAAGUAUUAAAAAGUAGGAAAGGCAUUGACCAGUAUACGCGCAACGGUGGCAACACGGGGACAAUGUGUGAAUGUGGAGCCCCUGACUACUGUCCCGUGUGUCCCAAUACUGAACCCGCUCCCGUCUCCGCUCCCAGUCAUAUUCCCGCUGCCGCUCCCGCUCACAUCGCCGUCUCCGCUCCCGCUCACAUCCCAGCUUCCGUUCCCGGCCACUUGUCUGCUCCCGUCCUUACCUCAGCCCCGCCCCCUCUGCCGCCCGUCAGUUCGGCCGCUGUAUUAUCUCGACACACACACUCGCCAACACAUCUUAAAGAGGAAGUCUUACAAACAAUAUUUGAAGAUGAAGUUCACAAUCAAGAUAAUUCCAACUACAAUGAGGGAGUUAUCCCUGACAAUCUAGAAGGUAUCCCUCCACCAGAACCUCCCCACGAAGAUGAGCAAAAGGCCCAAGUAGACCCUGGGGAGAAGAAAAAAAAGAAAUUUGAGUGUCCACUGUGCGACAGGGUCUUUUUCCAUAGGAAUAGUUUAUUGUAUCAUAUGUUAAUGCAUGGGGAAAAGCAACAUGUCUGCAAGGAAUGCAAUAAGAGUUUCUAUACUGCUAAUUCUUUAAAGGUUCAUCGCCGCGUGCAUAGCGAUGAUAGACCAUGUACUUGUAACGAAUGCGGUCGCUCGUUCCGACAGUGGAGCGAUCUCAAGUACCACAAGGCCUCCAUACACUCAGACCAGAAACACUUCAAGUGCGAGUUCUGCAACAAGGAGUUCGCGCGGCGUUACUCGCUGAACGUUCACAGACGUAUUCACACCGGCGAGAGAAACUACAAGUGCGAGUACUGCACCAAGACGUUCCGCGCAUCUUCGUAUCGACUCAUUCAUAUGCGGACGCAUACAGGUAACAAACCCUACAAAUGCCAACAAUGUGAGAAGUGCUUCAGAGUAGCGUAUGAUCUACGCCGACACAUGCUCAUCCACGACAAAGUACGCUUGAGAGUAGACGGAGUGAAAGCCAAGCCCAAAGACACAAAAGAGAAAAAAUCACAGGGGAAAGUGAAAAAUGAUGCCAAAGAACAACCCCAACUAAAUGAUCAAGAGGAAACUAAUUUGAAAUCUACAAAGAAAAACUCUAUAUUGAAGAGUAUUUUAGAUAAAAAACAGCCACAGAAGAUGACUAAAAAAACACCGAAUCCUAAGAAAGGAGCACCAAAUGUCACCAUUGCUUCAAACAGAGACGGACAGUUCAAAAUCAAUAAUGAAUUCACAAACAAUGUCGAAGUAUUUGACACGCGACAAAUCGAAUACAACAAAUUCAAAGACGAGUAUGUCGCAAAUGAAUACAGAAAAGAUGAAAUGUUGCAUUCAUAUAAAAAGGAAUAUCCAGAUGAUAAUUCAUACAAAGAAAGCCAGCGAUUGGCUGUGGAAAGAGAUUUAGCUGUACUUCGACCCAUUCUCCGCAAUAGUUCUCAGAUGGAGGACUUGCAGAAGCCAGUUCUUCGAGGUGAGAACACCGAUGGCAAACUCCAAGUGUUCACUCAUGUACAAAAAAGCAAAGAGGUAUCCGGAUAUAUCACCCCUUUGAGUUCUUCACAUCCUAAUAUAUCACUUAACGACAUGAAGCAACUAGAAAGGGAUAUAAAUAGAGAAGUAAGAAAUGAUCUGUCUUCUGAGAACAUGGAUAAUGUGUUUCUGGAAAGAUUAAGCGCCUUCUACAACAUUACAGCAGUUUGA